GCAGACGAGGAGUUUGCGCAAGCAGAAUUGGAAGAGGCAAAAGCCAAGCAGGAACUUGAACAGAGUGCACUGGAUGAGAGCGAGGCUGGGGAGGAAUCCACAAAGGCUGCUGGAGAAGAAGAUGAAGCGACAAAAUCAUGGAGUGAAUCGGUUCAACACGGUGCUGCAGCUUGUGGCAGUGCUGUAAUGAUGUCUGUAGCAUCAGCUUUCGCCUUGUUGUUUUGGUUGGUCCGCAUUGGUGGAUCAACUGUCGUUCCAUUGAUUGCUUCUGUAGGCAGGGCUGCCUUUUCAGGAGUGCAGAAUGGAAAUGCUGGUCUGGUCACUGUGGAUAUUUUGCAUGGGUGCAGCCACAUGUUCCAUCAUGUGCUGUUGUUUGUUGCAGUUUUCGGGGUUUGGGGAGGGGAGCUGCUUCAACUACGGCAACUUCAUUCGAUGAAAUCGAUGGGGGGCAUCCUACUUGGAUUUGCACUGUCGUUGGCGACAAUUCAAAGCCUUCUGAUGCACGUUUUUCCAGCUGCUUGGCGGCACGAAGGGGGGUUACUAUCGAUGCUAUGGACCAGCGUGAGGGAGUUUCUCCGUCGCUUGCCCGUGCUGUGCACUUUGGUCGUAUUGGAGAUUCUCUUGCUGUGGGUGAACGCGGGAAAGACACUGUUUUCAACCAGUGCGGUUCAAAUAGCACAGCAUUGGUGGCUUUGGGUUUUCCUUUUGGCUACCAUGACAAUUCACCAUUCCUGCUUCUCGAGGUCGUCGGUUUCUGGAAGUCAGUGUACCGCGGACAUUUCCAUCGAUGCAUCAAGUGUGGUGAACUGCUCUGCUGCGGAGGAUAGCAACAAUCUACCAUGCGAAACCACCUUGUGCAAAACCAUUGAUGCUGUCGACUACGGCUCAAGCCAUGCGACAAGUGGAACGCAAGAGGGAGAUGAUACUAGCGAUGAAGAAUGGGAAGAGAUCGAUUGCGAGGCUGAUCAGCCCCUUCUACAAGAAGCCAGGACGUUGUCUCGAGAGGAGGAGGAGGCAUCAGUUGUGAGCAAAGAGAAAUGGUUUCACGAGCUUUUGAUUGACGACUGCAAAAGGUCUGUGUUUGUACUGCACUUGGGCUGGCGCUCCUGGUUUGCGCAUGUCUAUAGCUGA